UGGGAAUAAAAUAUCAUAUUAAGGAGUUAAAAGCAUUUCAAAGAGUCUGGAAAAAUGCCAAAUAUUACAAAAUUUCAUCUUAAAUUAAGUUUGAAUUAAAUAUCAGAUUAAGGAGCUCAAAGCAUUUCAAAGAGUCUGGAAAAAUGCCAAAAUAUUACUGAAUUACAUCUUGAUUUAAGUGAGAAUAAAAUAUCAGAUUAAGGAGCUCAAAGCAUUUCAAAUAGUCUGGAAAAAUGCCAAAAUAUUACAAAAUUACAUCUUAAAUUAAG